AUCAACGUUCUUCAGUCUAAAAGAAGAGCAGAAAUCUUAAAAUCGAUGUUAUCUUUUAUGUAUGCCCAUCUGGCUUUUUUCCAUCAAGGCUAUGAUCUUUUUAGCGAACUUGGGCCCUACAUGAAAGAUCUUGGUGCACAGCUGGAUCAGUUGGCUAUAGAUGCUGCAAAGGAGAAGAGAGAUAUGGAGCAAAAGCACUCCACUAUUCAACAAAAGGAUUAUUCCAGUGAUGAUACUAAACUAGAAUACAAUGUAGAUGCAGCCAAUGGUAUUGUUAUGGAAGGUUAUCUAUUUAAGCGAGCCAGCAAUGCCUUCAAGACUUGGAACAGGCGCUGGUUCUCAAUACAAAAUAACCAACUUGUGUACCAGAAGAAAUUUAAGGAUAAUCCCACAGUAGUUGUUGAAGACUUGAGGCUUUGCACUGUUAAACACUGUGAAGACAUCGAAAGACGCUUCUGUUUUGAGGUGGUUUCUCCAACCAAAAGCUGCAUGCUUCAGGCUGACUCGGAAAAGCUGCGGCAGGCAUGGAUUAAGGCUGUUCAGACCAGCAUUGCUACAGCAUAUAGAGAGAAAGGGGAUGAAUCUGAGAAACAGGAAAAGAAAUCAUCCCCUUCUACUGGAAGCCUAGAAUCUGGCAGCGAGACAAAAGAGAAGUUGUUAAAGGGAGAAAGUGCUCUACAGCGAGUUCAGUGCAUUCCUGGCAAUGCUGCCUGCUGUGACUGUGGUUUGGCAGAUCCUCGCUGGGCCAGUAUCAACCUAGGAAUCACGCUGUGCAUCGAGUGCUCCGGGAUACACAGGAGCUUGGGAGUCCACUUUUCAAAAGUAAGAUCUUUAACGCUGGAUUCAUGGGAACCCGAACUUCUAAAGCUUAUGUGUGAAUUGGGAAAUGAUGUUAUAAAUAGAAUAUAUGAAGCGAAGUUGGAAAAAGUGGGAGUAAAGAAGCCACAGCCUGGAAGCCAAAGGCAGGAGAAGGAGGCAUACAUCAGAGCAAAAUACGUGGAAAGAAAGUUUGUAGAGAAGCAGCCGGCAUCAGUUUCUGUGCUUGAAUCUGGAACAAAAGUCUUGCCUCAAAGCCAGGAAGACAAAAGGCACAGUGGCCCUGAAAAAUCUCUUUUGGCAGGGGAGCAAGGUGCAGCAUCCCAAAAAGUACGAAGCAGUGACAGUGGGAUCCAGCAGAGCUCUGAUGACAGCAGGGAACACCUUGCCUCUACUGUGUCUGUUAACAGUUUGUAUGAACCAGAAGGAGACAAGCAAGAGUCUUCUGUGUUCGGUGACUCCAAACAGCCUAGUCCAGGGCUGCAGCUGUAUCGAGCUGCUUUUGAGAAGAAUCUUCCUGACAUGGCAGAAGCAUUGGCCCAUGGAGCUGAAGUAAACUGGGUCAACAUAGAGGAAAACAAAGCAACACCACUCAUUCAGGCAGUGCGAGGGGGUUCAUUGGUUACUUGUGAAUUCUUGCUGCAGAAUGGUGCCAAUGUGAACAUCAGGGACAUGAAAGGAAGAGGACCCCUGCACCAUGCCACGGUUCUAGGACACACUGGGCAAGUGUGUUUAUUCCUAAAACGAGGAGCAAACCAGCAUGCCACUGAUGAAGAUGGGAAAGAUCCGUUGAGUAUAGCAGUAGAAGCUGCAAAUGCAGAUAUUGUAACAUUGUUACGCUUAGCAAGGAUGAACGAAGAAAUGCGCGAAUCAGAAGGACUGUAUGGACAGCCAGGAGACGAAAUUUAUCAGGACAUUUUUCGUGACUUUUCUCAAAUGGCAUCGAAUAACCCAGAGAAGCUAAACCGUUUCCAGCAGUCAGAUUCCCAGAAGUCUUAAGUGUCAAGAAGGAACAGAACCUGAUCGUUGUAGUGCAAGUCUUUUUUUAACUUUAAUGGAAUGAACUGUAUGCGUUUUGUUAGAUAGAUUGGAGAAAAUGACCACUCUAAUGUAGCUUUAGAUUGUGGUAGCUGGGGAAAUGUAUGAGUUGUUUCAUGUUCUACAGUACAUAUACCUCAGCAGCUGAAGAAAGUGUUGUUUUGUUGUGGUUUUUUUUUAAAAAAAAAAGGAAUACCUGCUAGCUCAGUAUAAAAAUGUACCUGUUAGCAAGUAUGGAGUUCCUUUGUGGUUCGGAUGUGAAGUUAGCAGAGCACAGCAGGGUGCAGCGCAGACUGCACGGCAGGAUGAUCAGACCAGCUUUGCUAUUUAGUGUUCCCUACUGUCAUCUGUCUCCCUAUUGCCAUAAAGAAUGUGCCUCUGACAAGAAGGUCUGGGUUGCAUUUUCUGGGACUGUUUGAAAGGGAAAUCAGGUAAUGACUUGCUGAGCUGUCAUGUAUGUGGGCCUGUAACUCAACAGAUUCUCCUGUUCCUACUCUGACUGGUUAGAGGUAGACAGUUAAUAACAAGACAUGGUAACUCCUGCUCUUCUGCAAGCUGUUUCACAGCGGAAGCUUUUACACCAGGCUGGCCUUUACCCUCGUGACUGCGGGUCAGUCACAAUAGGAAUAUACCCUGGAGGACCAAACUUCUACGAGUAGUCUAUUUUCCCUUUUUUUUUCCUCUUAAAUUAAACUUUCUGUGCAGCAAUUACACUUCUAAAUGAGCAUGUGGAACCUUUCAUGGAAAAAAUAAACUUAAUCCUUCU